CAAAGCUUGUGCUGAUGUUGGAGGAAGUUUUUCCUUGAUUGAUUUUUAAUCAUGAUAGAUAAGUAUGACUUCCAAACAAUGGAUGGUGUUAGGCAAUCUGUAACACCAAUCUGUAACUAUGCGGCCUGUCUCAUGAAGAGCCACAUCAACUUGAUUAGCACUUGCAGAGCUCCUCCAGACUAGAGCAGUGUACUCUGCAGCAGAGAAACAUAGAGCAACAGCCAAUGUGCAGAGUGCUCUGGACUGCACUCUCCACAUUGUGUUUGUCAGUUUUGCAGAUGAGAUUGUUCCUGGUGCAUACUUUCUGUCUGGUGUCUAUAUGAUGUUGUUUAUAAGUUAAAGCACAAUUCAAUUUUAACCCUAGGCAUCUCGGAUGAACACAGUGAUUUAUGUCCUUUCCAGGUGAUGUUCUUCUUGCCUCCUUAUUGUGUAGGUGGAAUACACACAUGAGUUUUAUCUGGAUUGGGUUUCAAGUGUUCGACCUAUGACCAGUCAAAACAUCUUAUACAGACUACCUAUGGGGCCACAUCCCAUAUAUGACUCUCGAGAAACACUGCGUUUGCAAACAAGAUGACACCUCACAAGACCACCUACAACAGUUUCUUGCCACUGCAUUCAUAAUUAUGGAGGAGACAUCUGAGGUUCUUAUCCUCAAACAAGUUACGAAAUACAAUCAGCAAGGUUGGAUGGAAUUCCUCUCUCCUCACGCCAUUCCAGAACUCCACACAAAUUUUUCCCUAAAAAACAGGAUUCAGAUGGUACAUGGAAUACUGAUGUUGAAACAGGGCAACAAUGACUGUCAUGUGUUUAUUCUGCUGCCACUACAUCAGCAGAACAUAAACCGCCUGCACACUGACCACUGAGGGAUGACACAGAUGAAGCUACUAGCAGGGUGUCCCUACUGGCUGGGCUGGGCUAUGUGCGGGGUGUCGAGAGGAUGCACAACCUAUGCAUCGACCCAGUCAGCACCCCUCAACAGUUCCACACCUCACCAAUGCCUCUGCACCCACUGGAGUGCAUCCGUAUGGACUUCACCAGUCCCUUCCUCAGAAAGAUGUGGCUCAUCAUCACAGACUUAUUUUCCAAGUUUCCUUUGGUAGUUUGAAUGUCAGAUACCACAGCAAGGGGAAAAAUGCACCUUGCAGAAAUUAUUUACCAUUGAAGGGGCCCCCAGAAACAAUCAUUGCAGACAAUGACACACAAUUUUCACCUAGUAUGUUGCAGGAUUUCUGCUCUCAGAACACCAUCGUGGCCCUCAGAGCCAGAUCAAUGUAAAUUCUGAUGCCUGGCAGACUCUCGUCCCCAGGUUUGGGACAGUUGGAGCUGCUCCCUCAUGGAAAGGAACACACGUCCACCUGUAGCACCACUGACUUUCAGUAUGGACCAAAACAACAGUUGCAGCUAAUUUCAGCAUCAGCACCAUGGCACACACCAGACGGCAAGACAGACAGCAAACCUUCAGGUGACCUGCACACCUGCACCUCCCCUCAACCAGUACGACAAGCAUACUGCUGAUGGACAGUUUCAGCCUAUGUGGGGAUUAAAGGGGAGAGGGAUGCUAUGUCACCUCACCCGACACAAGGUUGGUAUCCUGUUAUGUCUGCUAUUAAUGACUCCUCCGGCAGCCGGUAAGGGGUGCCAGCAUGCCAUCACCUGGAUUUUGUUGCUAAUGUCAAGUCAGAGAUAAAAUCCAGCCACCAGGCUGCUGUAAGACACUUUGAACCAUGCUCUGUAAAGUCUCUAUCCCACUUAAACUGUAUAUUUGUGACCUGGCUGUUUUCUGUAUUUCAACUCGACUACGUUUUGGAUUAUUGUUCUACAGAUUAUUGGUGGAUUUACUUUACCCUGGAAAAUCGAGGUUAUUCUCUUGGUGGGAUCUACAAUCUGCAACAAUCCAGCUUGGACUCGAAUUGGGAACUAUCAAGUGGUUAGAGUGUACAUCUAUUUUCUGUGUAUUAGAUAGUGUGUUGCUGUAUAUCUGGUGUGAUACAGAUAGCGGAGUUUUCCUAGCUAACCCUAGCACCAUCACCUCCACAAUCCGCCACUUGACCCCAUCUGCAACAUUGGCCUUACUCACACUGGAUUGCUAUAGAAUGUUAUCAGAAGUACUUGUGGACCUUGUGUGGCAACUGGUACCAGCACAGUCGACCUCCACGCAGCAUGGCUUCGCAACCAAAGCAUGCAGUUUCGUCGAACAGUGGGAUGGUCAUGAGAGGUAAAUUUUGGGAGUUACUGAAUUAAAGCUGUGGUAACAGUUCUCACGACUCCAGAGAGUACUUCACCACUAUCGGUAAGCUGCAUUCGAAACCCUCACAGUACAGCAGCUGUAUGCGUCAGCAGUACAAACUAUACUGAGGACUGCCAGGGGCCGCAGCUGCCAACCCAUAGGCAUCGUGUGUGGAUAGCGAGUCAGUCCCUUGUCAAAUUCUGAAGCACUGAGCUAUGGCGGAUUGUUCUCUUUAGUGCAUCGAAUUGUGUAUAGUCUCCAGUUACCGCUAAGUCUAUAAGCUGCAGUGUUCAUCCAUCAUCUUCGAGACUUUGGCUCCAUAGGCAUCGUGGGCCAGCUCUGGACUCUACAUAGGCAUCACUCAGAGGCACAGUGACAGGACUUUAAUAUUUUAGAGAACUUGAAAUAUAAUUUCAAAUGUCUGAUUAUUCUGGACAUUUCACAAGAAGCAUCGUUUAAGUUAAGUAUUUCUUCAUAUUUAAUAAGUAUCAUUUUAUUACUAGUUGUUGGGAGUCUUUCUGAUUGAAGGUAACCUACACCGUCAUUCCCAACGCAGGCAGCUCCAUUGCAGCUGUGCAAGGCAGGCAGUCAGGCAUAGAUGCAUAGAAGUAGUGUAAUGGCACAACAUGGGUGCUUCUAUUCACUAUAAAUACAGUCUGUUUUUAGCACAGUUACGUGCUGUUUGGCAGCAGCUCCUCGACAUCGGGUCCAUGCUAGUUCACAGUAUGCCUCGGGCCAGCCAUCAGCUGACGCCAGUCAGUCAGUCAGAGCAUCCAGCUCAAUCAGACCAGCUUACAUUUCUAAGUCCACCUUAUGGACUUCAGUGACACAAUGAGGGUAAUCCUCCAGGUGCCACAGCAGCACCAGACUUCUGCCUCGAAGGGCAGCAGUUCACAGCAAGGGCAGUACUGCUGCCACCUCUUUGCGCCAGGGUAAGUUUAUAACCCAGCAGCCGUGGCCACCUGUGGGAAUUUAGUGGACGUAUGUGUCACUGACACAUAGGGCUGCAUAAUGCUACCUCAGGCACGCACCAGUGAAUGAGGUAAACACCAUCAGCAAAGCGAGACACGGAUGUCAAAUGCCCACCCCACCUCCACAACCUUCCGACAUCAUCAGCAUCACCUGUGGACUGCACGCCUGCAGGGGCAUUGCGACACUCCAACACCAUAAUUCUAGACGAAUAAAGUACGUUGUAUCUUGCAGCAAAAUUUUCCUAGCAACUCCUGGCCAUCACCACUGCCUCCACAACCCCCACCAUCUCUACACCACAGCGGCCUCACUCAUGCCAGGUCACUAAGUAUCAAUUGGAAAAAGUCAUAUUAGCAAAAGUUAAAUAUUUGGAUGAAACAAGAAUGACAUCCUGUAAGGCUUAUCAAGCCUUGUGCUGGCACAGAAAGGAGGACAUUAUGUACAGUUAUUAAGAUUUUUGCCCUCUGCCUGAUGAAAAGAUCAUGGCAGACAGUAAUUUGAAAAAAAAAAAUAAUAAUAAUAAUAAAAAAAAAAAUUUUAAAAAAAUGGAUCCAUUCAGCACUGAUCCAGUUGACUAACAUGUAAUGUGGAUAAAUGAAUUGUGGGAAUGAGUUCCACCUGUUCAUGUAAACAUGUGUGUAAUGGUAAGGAUAACAAAAACAAACUGUAAGUACUGACAAAAUAUUGCCCGGAAAUAUUUUUGCACGAGUAAUGUGAUGUGGAAAGAAAAAGUUACUCUGUUAGCUUACCGACUGCCUUCACAAUAGUGUCAUAUUGUUGCAAUGUCAAAUUGUCUGGCCAGUGAAUGGGUGUCCUACAAAGCUUAACCGAACACAAAUCGGUGUAAAAGAUUAUAAUCGAUACAAAAUAUUUUUAGACCAAAUUUUUUGAGAAUGCAACAAAAUGAGACCUGCCGAUGAUGGCACAAAUGUGUCAAAACGUUUUGGGGCAAGAAAAUUAACGUGUGUGCUUUACCUAUAGAUACUGGACUUCCUUGUAGAGCACAAAAGGAAUCAGUAUGUCAAUUGUAAACAGAGAAAUGAACUUCCAUUUUUGUGAAGAGUAUAUUAUAAUCGUCAUCAAAAUCUGUUCUACGAUUUUAAAAUUGUUAUUUUUAAUUUUGACUGGAUUAUAUACAAUUUCCUUCAUUCCUCACACAUUCGAAAGAGAUUCUUGUCUUCUAAAAUGUACCGUAUGAAAUGCCACUCGUACUUUAUCAUUUGUCGGUACGUCUGUAGGUGACAAUCGCCGUACUAUCUCCGUGGAGCCCUCUGCGUAUAGUGUAUAAUAAUGUCAGUACGCCAGUGGCUGCAACGAGUACAGGCCAUAGCUGUGUUACGUUCUAUUGCCUUUAAUGCAUAGCAAAUGUCAAUCGUCUUCUUGGUCUCGAACUAGGUGUUGCAAAUUUCUGGUUCCAUUAUUAACAUUUGUCUUUUCCAGUAUAUGUUUCCAUUAUUGUUGCCUAUUUUCAGUAUUAUCAGCCUGUGUUUCAAUAUGUAUUUAGUUACUUAAUAGGCAUGACCGUGUUAGAGGUGAGGUGCUCCACCUUCCACCUCCCUCUGAACUGAUUACCCAACCAGUUACAGGAAGACCUACACAGGCUCUGAGAGAACUGAGCAACAUUUCAUAUUUCACAUUGCCAAAAGUGGAAGAAGCAGCAAGUAUAUUGUAGGAUUGAAUGGCUUGAAACCAAAUCAUUUGCAUUUGUGUUCUAACAGUUAUCCACUGAGCUGUACUUAUUUAUUAGCACUUUGGGGUACAAGUUCCUUUAUGUUUAUUAUAAUACAACUCCACUGUGCAUGCUGUUGUUGUUAGGUGCAGAAUGGGUACAUUACAAUUUCUGUAGAGUGACGAGAUGCCGCGAUUGCUGUCUGGCAACUACGAGCUGCCGGAAGUGAGUGUUAUGGGAAUCGCCCAGAAAAACGUACCCGAGGUACCUGACGUACAUAAAAUACUAGCAUCUUCGACAGACACAGCUUUGUAAGAUGAAAUUGGCCUGCCGACUGCCCAUUUAUUUAAUUGAGGGCAGCAUUUCGACAGUGCGAUACCAGUCGCACCUCCAAAUACGCGUGCCGCCAGUUACAGCUCCGUGUUUCCUACGACUGCCACUACAGCUUGUGGGCCGUGCCACGAACAAUUGUGCCAUUGUCGGUGAGAUGUAAGCGUCCCCUCUCUGGAGCUUUGGCGGCGAGUGUACUCGAGUUCAAGCAUUCGUUCACUCGGCCCCAUUUUGUGUGUUUGCCAGUCGAAUAACGUUUGUGGACUUUCGUAGUGGCCGGGGUUUGCGAUCUGCUAAGUAGUUAUUGUAUUGGAGACUGACCGACUCAUAAAUCUGUGUUAUCUGUACGUGUUCCAACAUUCAGUGCUACUGUUAGCAGCUGACUGCAACUACGGCAACAAAUUUUUGUAUUAUUUUUACUAUU